AUGACGGAAGAACAGUACGCGAUGCGGUCGCGUGUCGGGAGAACGACGUCCAGCGAAAGUAAUCGAAGGAAUGAUUCGCCGAAUUACAAGGAAAAUGUGCUCAUCGAGCGGAAAAUCAAAAACGGCGACACCCUCAAUAAAUUGGCCAUCAAGUAUCAAGUUAAUGUGAGUUGAAAUUUUAAAAAAAAAUGUGAUUUUUCUCUUCUCCUGACUUUGAGACAGAAAAAUCUGCAUUUUACACGCCACAAUGUUCCCUGAAAGGGUGAACUGUGAGGUGAAAAGAUCUGUUGAGCAAUAUGGGAAAAAAUACGAAAAAAGGGAAAUUUUUCGUAGGCUGACGGGCCGGCCCUCGUACAAGCCUGGGCAAGGCCUCUAAAUCUCAGUUGGCCCCUAUAAUAAACUUUUUUUAUUUCCUGUUUUGAUUUAAAAGAUAAACGUAAAAAAGGCGUAUAGACACCACUAACAUGCCCCUAGAGUAACCACUUUCGCUAGCUUUCGUUUCCCUAAUGGGGGAGCUUCUGAGUCCCUAUUACGAUCCCCACAAAUAUCCCAUGUAAUCUUUUUUAAACGAUUGUUUCUCACGCUUCUUUCAAAGUUUCCCGUUCAAAACCUUGAUUCACACUUGAUUUAGAACGCUCCAGACAUUAUUUUCCGGUUUCACGAUCAUUUUUCCGUUUCAGGUAGCUGAAAUCAAAAGGGUGAACAACCUGGUCAGCGAGCAGGACUUUCUGGCCUUGAGUCGGGUCAAAAUCCCGGUGAGCCGCAUGAGAAUGGCUCUGGGCGUGCGGACGUCGUCUUCCUUGGAGGACGACGAAGAGGAUCACGUCAUCCGUUAGCGAUUUUGAGGCAUCUCGGAAAAAAACUUUUCAAGAGUUUUCAGAUUUCAACGAUAGAUCGAGGCUGAUCAACGACGAGGAUGAUCGAUCGAGGGAUCCAAGUGCCGAGGAUAUUUUCCAUAAAACUGACACGGCUAUCGGUUGGUUUUAAUACGAAAUAUUUUGAACAGAAACAGAAAACAAAAUCUUGAUCGAUAUUACUAGGGUACGCCAAAGUGAUCCCUAGAGGAUUCCUAGAAGGUCCCCCUGAAGGGACCAUUAGCUCUGAAAAACCUAGAAACUCAUACGUUAAGCUAUUAAUGAUCACUUAAGAUGUUUUCGCGCCUCCUUCAAGGACCAACUACUCAGGAACGCCAAAGAAAACCUUAAGGCCUCUUGUAGGUUUCCCUCAAGUGGCCACCUCCCUUUAUAUAGGGGGAACUAAAGCAUGUAAAAGUGGCCACUUAGGUGGUUUUAGUUUGUGGCCACUCUAAUUGGUCACUAUUCAUAAAAUACGUCUUUUUUAUUUUGAAGAUGAAAGACCCCUUCAGGGACCACUUGAGCAUAGGGGGCUAAGGAGUCAGACCCAAAAACCCUAUAGAGAAAACCUUAAUUCCAGCUCUCUAGGGAGUAAUAUUUUGUCCGCUUAGGGCUGCUUUCCCCUAACCCCUCUAGUGACCACUCUGACCUUCCUAAGGGCUAUAGCUCAUUUUGAGAAGAAAUAGUGAGAAAGUAUCAGAAACAACUCAUUUUCCAGCACAAGUCCGCGAAGCACUACCCGAAGACCAGAUCCCGGGCUCAUUCCACUUUGUUGAUGCCCGACCUCCCGACUCUGGCCCGAGCUCCGUUUGGGUCGUCGUCGUUGGAGUCGUCCUGAUCUUCAUCGUCCUCCCUCUAGUGCUCACUUUCUAUGAGGAGACCGAAGAAGCGGUUCAUCAUCAGAGGCCGCAUCGAAAUCUGUCACAUUAG